UUGUCCACAGAAGCGGGAGGCUUUCGAACCAUGGAACUGCGUAUCACACCAAGGGUGGUUCAGCGAGGGAGGAACGUCACCAUGGCCUGUUUACAUCAAAUACACGACAGUGAAAUCUACUCUGUACAGUGGUACAAGGGUACGCAGGAGUUCUAUAGAUAUACGCCAUUAGAAUCUCCAACAACUAGAGUUACGCCUGUUAGUGGAAUUAAAGUUGACAGACUUAACUCCAACGAAACGCACGUGGUUCUGAUGCGAGUUACACAAAACCUAAGCGGGAACUACAGCUGUGAAGUUAUUCAAAAUGCUCAUACUUUCCCUCAUUAUACGGCCUCCGCGAGACUUGACGUCGUUGGCAUCGGCGGUCUUCGGGCAACAGAACUUAGGAUCUCCCCGCCGGUGGUACAACGCGGAUCAGACGCGACACUUGCCUGUUUAUAUGAGCUUACUGAUGCACCACUGUACUCGGUGAAGUGGUACAGAGGGCGACACGAAUUCUAUCGUUAUUCGCCGACAGAACAACCGGCAACCAAGAUCUUUCCGUUUGCGGGCAUUAACGUUGAUCUUGCCCGAUCGAAUCAAAGCCAAGUUGUACUGACAAAAGUGAGUUUCGGUCUUUCCGGAAACUUCAGCUGUGAGGUAACAGCCGAUGCGCCUUCUUUUGCGACUUCAAUUGUUUCCAACAACAUGGAGGUUGUCGUGUUGCCACCAUUAUCGCCCGUAAUUGUUACCAGCCAGCAUUAUUAUAUGCCAGGAGAUAUAUUGAGAGCUAAUUGUACGUCUGGACCGAGCCGACCGCCAUCUGAUCUGACUUUCUAUAUCAACGAUAUACCGGUAUCACCUGGUCUAUACAACGUGCAUCCGGCUCCAGAAGGAUUGUUUCGUGCCGACCUAUACAUCCAAAUACAAUUAUGGCCAGCUCAUUACGAACGUGGCGCUCCUAUACUUCGCUGUGAAGCCAAAGUUGGAAAUCUUUACAGGGAUAACUCAGUCGUCGCUUUAUACACAGCAAACAGUGAUCCUAAAAUUGAAAGAGUGACGUCACCAGGUUCCGCCGCCAAACUGCAAACGUGCCAAAUCCUGCUAUUGCUCCACAUUAUUGUUUGGGCUAACAAUACAUAA